CUUUGUUCAAAGUCUUUAGAAAAACAGUUCUCCUUCGGUCAACAAGGAGCCGUUCCUUCACGCGGUCACUCUCUUGUCCGCUGCAGUGCAGUGUGCAUUCUCGAGGGCCUCUGCAGCACAAAACGUUGCUUAUUGGAGGGACAGCAGUUCACUCGUCGCUGACAGGAUGCUGACCCGCGCGCAGGUGAGGAGACAGAGGGGAAACGACCGCACGGACGGUGGGGGCGCCGUCUCAUCCUUUGUCACCGCAUGAGGAGCCCAUCCACGGCCCAAAAAUGCCUGCCUGUAGCCAUAUCGAGGCUGCCUGCAUGGCCUCAUUGUCGCGUUCGUUUUCUUCUGUGUGUGUGUGCCGACUUACGGUGCAGGCUGCCGCCAAAAAGGAGUUGGAGCGAGAGACCCAGGAAGCAGCUCAGCUCGCUGCAGUGGCCGCCGCCACCGGGGGCAUCCGCCUCUAUGACUUCAACCCCUUCGUCGAUGCCGAAGACGACGAGCCCCUCGACAAGGCCGCCCAGAGGCGACACAAGAAGAAGAUAUCCGCCCCCGAGAAAGACCAUCAAAGGGAUGUAAGGACGGGCACCAACCACAACAAAUCCAGAGGGGCAGCCGCACGGCAGCCCGCUGCGAGGAGGGGCCGGGUGAAGGGGAAGGGGAGUCGGGAGAUGGGGGAUGUCCAUAUGGGCGAAGGAGAGGGCGAGGAUGUCGAGAUGAUGGAUCAGGGAGAUAGCAAUAUGUUGGCGAGGGAGGCCAAGAAGCCCCCCCAUCAUGCCGCCGCCCAGCAGCGUCGGGCUGCCAAGGAAGAUAUGGAGAAGGAUGACAUCCACAAGGCAGCCCUCAUCGAGGGAGAAAAGGAAGAGGAGCCCCUCCGCAAGAAGAAGAGGAAGAGGAACAAGAAAUCCGUCGCCCGCGCCGCCAGCCAUGAUGCGCACGGAGACAUGGAGAUGGACGUCGUGGAGGCGAUGGGUGGAGGGAUGGCCCUCAAGACGGCUGUGGAGAGGGGCAUGUGUGACGCUGUCGAUGCUCUGCUAAAGCAACGACAGCAGCUGGCCGGCCAAGGCCUGCUCCACGCCCUCGCCGAGGCCAAGAGCGUCCCCGACGAAGACAAGGUGCGCAUCGCUGAGGCACUGCUGUCCGCUGACCCCUCCCUGGCCACCGAGACCGACUGCAACCUCCAGACGGCCCUCCAUCGUUUCUGUGAGCUGCCCCUGAAGGACCCCAAGCGGCAGGAGCAGCUGCUCGAUCUGCUGCACGCCAAGGGAGGAGCCGCCAUCAUCCACACUCAGGACGCCGAGGGCUGGCGCCCCCUGCACGUCGCAGCAGCGUCCCACCGCGGCCAUCAUGCGAGCGGCACUGCGACCGUCAAAUGGCUGUGCGGCCAUGGGGGCAAGGCGCACGUCAACGAGGCGGUAAAUGUGGACGGAGACGCCUUCGUGACGCCCCUGUCCAUCGCGGCUAUGCAUCCGGCCAUUCCGCUGACUCGUCUGCGCGUGUUGAUUGAGGAGGGCGGCGUGGGCAGCAGGCUGCCAGCGGAGGGUGAGAGUGAUGGCCAACAGCCGGCUGCAGGGAAAAAGAGGAAGCGCCUGUCGCCGGCAGAGGCGGCCAUGGAGACAGCGGGGAAAAGAAUCGAGAAGGUGCACAAGGAGGGAGGGAGGGAACAUGCUCUCAUGGUGCUUACUUUUGUGGCUGUCUGGGUGGUUGUCAGGUGAUUCGGGCAUCCAGGAGCAAGGAGGAGGCAGCGAGGCCCCGGGAGGGGAGGAAGAACAAACAGGAGGCCGAGGCCGAGGCAGCUCGGAUGCGUCGGAGCCGGUUGGGCCGUGAGUUGGAAAAGAUAGUCAACGACGCCCUCGGGCCGGUCCGCUGGCUGAAGGGCAAGGACGCCCCCCUCCUCAAGCACCUCGAGGCGGCCCACGGCGUCCCGGCUCAUGUGCUGGCUCAAGGCGUGAGCAAAGUCGCUGAGCCUCACAUGCAGGACAGCUAUGACAUCCCUGGUCUCAACGUGGACGGGGACACCAAGCACAAAAUCGCUGCCGACAUCCGACAGCAUAUCUUCUACGCAGCCUGGAUCAUCAAGGUGGGUCAGGCAAGAGGGAGCCACUAAGCCUUUUCCAUGUCUACAUGCUCUCUCGUAUGUGUGUGUGUGUACAGACCAAGGGCAACGAGCGUUUGGUGGGCAGCCCGGCCCGCGGCAUCGCACCGAACCCCAUGAAGAUGUGGACGGACAGCACGACGGGCGAGCGGCUGGACCUCUUGCAGCGAAUCGAGAGACGCCUUGGAUGGGCGUGAGUGAGUGAGUGAGGGAGGGAGGGAGGGAGGGAGGGGACGGACUGUGCAUGUGAUGUGAUGCGAUGUGUGUGCAUCGAUCGAUCGAGGGGCUGGUGAGUGAAUGAGUGAGUGAGUGUUGUUUGUCGACUCAUACAGACAGACAGACAGCCAGACAGACAGACAGACCUGUAUGUGUGCAGCAUUGGAUGGACCGGCAUCCUUGCUGUGCUGCAUUCAGUCAUGUGCUGUCGGGCGUUUGUGUAUUGUCAUGAAGGCGCCCAUGUACGUGUCGCCGCGUAUUCCGUCUCCGAGGGUAGAACGACGCGACACUUCUCUUGAGAUGCAUAUAUUACCU